CGCACGCACAAAAACUCAUUCUCGCCUCAUUGUUUCCUAAUAGGGAACUGAUCUGAGGUAGUUCCCUUUUUCACAAUAUUGGCUUCCAACUCCAACCAGUUCAAUGACUGACCAGGGUUAGAAAGGGGUUUGCUACAUUAUCUCAGUCAGUUCUUUGGCUUUAUAAUCACUGGCUUCCUUUUCGCUUUUCUAUGGAGAGGCACUGUAUGUAGUAAACGUUCUGGAAAUCUAUUACUAGGGAACCUUCAUUCUGAAUCUAGAGUGAUGAAGGAACACUAACGUUACAUAGAGUUUUUUGUACCUCUUCUUGGAAGGAACUGAUACAUAGGAUGCAUCCCAAACAGCCCCCAUAUUCCCGUGUAUAGGGAACAGAAGUAGUGCACAGGGUUCCAUUUGGGACAUAAAUACGGUAGUUCUUAUUUUUUUGCAUCAUUUCAGGUUCUUCCCAGCAUCUUGGAAUUACAAUGAAUCACAUGAUCUUCAGAAAAUAAAUGAGCCAAUGGGGUGCUCCGUUGUCCAAAAACACCAAACUCUCCUGGAACAAUAAGAUAUCCACAAAACCAUAGUUCUGCAUUUCAAGUACAGGAGAACACAACCCUCAAAACAAAACAAAGAAAAAGAUCUUUGAAGAAAAACAUCGGGUUCCUUUCAACAAUAUACAGAGGGCAAUAUUCUCAGUACCAGCAUGUUAUUCUGAGCAUUCGUCCAAAUAUUUGGAGAGAACGGGGAGAGAUGAAACGGAGGCAGAACAAUGGGACUGAGGUGGUGUUAUGGCGUUCGUGCGUCUCGCCUCGUUGGCCCUUUGUGUUUCUGGUCCCCAGUCAGUCCCCUCCGUGUUCAGGCUGGGUCCAGGUGGGGUCUGGUCUCUCUGGUGGUCACACACACACACACACACGCGCCACUCAUUCUCGCCUCAUUGUUUCCUAGUAGGGAACUGAUCUGAGGUAGUUCCCUUUUUCACAAUAUUGGCUUCCAACUCCAACCAGUUCAAUGACUGACCAGGGUUAGAAAGGGGUUUGCUACAUUAUCUCAGUCACUAAUAUUACAAACCCUUAUCUGAAAUUCCAACACUGGGCAUUCCAGAGCUUGAGCAGCAGCUUCAGAAAACUAAAGAGCUCACGGGCAAUUGGCUGGAAAAUGGACUCCUGGUGUACCACUGACGAAGACAUGGCGGAGGUCAAGAAGGAAGCGUUGGAGCGUCUGCGUCCGUACCUCUGUGAGAAGCUAGUGGCCGAUCGCCACCUGGACUACCUUCGGUCCAGGAGGGUCCUUACGCGGGACGACGCCGAGGACAUCUGCUGCAGGGUGGGGAACAGCAAGAAGACCGGUAGGAUGCUGGACUACUUAGCCGAGACCCCCAGGGGUCUCGACUACCUCGUGGAGUCCAUACGCCGAGUGAGGACCAAGGACUUUGUCAUCGGGAAGAUCACCAGCGAAGUCGAGGCGGUGAAGAUGGAGAGGAGAGAGGAGGCCAUCUUGUCAGCAGCAGGUAGUUCUUCGCCGGUCUGUAUAUGCAAAGAGAGAACUCCCUUUGUGUCGUUUCAGAGUGACAGUACUGGAUACAAAGGCAGUAGUGAAGCACAGUCCAUCCAAACCUCUCUGUCCAACUCCGAAGACAAGUGGGGUCAAAAUGAAGCAUCCUUUUCCUGGAGUGCCCUUCCUGAAGGAGUUAGUGUGUCUUCUCUACCCAGUCUCCCGAAACCAGGAGAGCAGGGCGCCCCUUCAGUGCCCCUUGAGGACACCGAGCCCGGGACCUUAGAGUCUGAGAUCAGUGACCAGUUUCACACCCUCCGUUCCUUUUCAAACCCCUUUCUGUGAUGGAGUAAUACAGAAUGUCUGGAUUCAAACAGACAGUUUGGAUUAUAUGGGGACAGUAAAGGGUUAGGUUUUAUUGUUUCAUAACUGUACAUGUCAUCGUUAUCGAAUGUUUUAUUUUCCAUAUCAUAAAAGCCU